AUGGAAAGAAGAAAAGUGGAUGUGCUCUGUGUCCAAGAGACCCGGUGGAAAGGAGAGAAGGCCAGGGUGAUUGGAGGAAGCUGCAAGAUGUGGUAUAGAGGGGAUGAUGGACAGAGAAAUGGGGUAGUAGUCGUGGUCAGAGGAGACCUGGUGGACAAUGUGGUAGAGGUGGAGAGGAUAUCAGACAGAUUGAUGACGAUGAAGCUGGAGGUGAACGGAAUCCUUAUCAACAUCGUGUGUGCAUACGCGCCACAGGUGGGAUGUGACGAAGAGGAGAAGGAGGCUUUCUGGGCAGACAUGGAUGAAACAGUAGAGAAAAUACCAAGAUGCGAAAGGUUGGUGAUUGGAGCUGAUCUGAAUGCCCAUGUGGGCGAAGGUAACACAAAUGACGAAGAGGUAAUGGGAAAGCAUGGGUUCGGAAGAAGAAACGCAGAAGGCCAGAUGGUUGUGGACUUUGCCAAAAGGUGA